UAAAAACAAAACAAAAACAUUAUAAAAACGCGACGUUUUGUCAUCUGCUCUCGCGACACACAGCUAAUGCUUGCUAGCUUCCCAGCUAGCCUAGUUCUUUAGUCACGAAUGAUUCAUUUGAUAAAAAAAAAAAAAGGAAAUAAAAGUGUAAUAAAUAAACACGUUAGAGGCAUAAAUAGUUACUAUAACGGUCAAGUCGCCAGCUAGCUUGACGAGCGCGGCUAGCGGCGCCUCAUUCAUUAAUGUUGUCUUCCAGUAACUUCCACCUAAACGCCCACAACGGCGCUCAAUAAGCUCCAAUAACCCACCAGAGACACCUUUUAAACGUUUGCUUUCCCUCAAAUGUUGUGUUUCUAAUCACAAUGACGGCCGUGACGUGACGUUCGGCGGCCAGGUGACGUUAGCUUUUAUAUGUGCUAGGCUAGCUCUCAACUAGCAUGUCUUUAAAGUACACAUAAGUCUUGCUUUUGUCUUCUCUUCCUAAAUAAUGAUAACAAUAAUAAUCAUAAUAAUAAGACUCCCUUCAACUACUUACCUGGACACCAUGAACUAUGUGGGUCAGCUGGCUGGCCAGGUGCUGGUCACCGUCAAAGAACUCUACAAAGGAAUCAACCAGGCCACGCUGUCCGGCUGCAUCGACGUCGUGGUCGUCCACCAGAGGGACGGCACCUACCAGUGUUCGCCCUUCCACGUACGCUUCGGCAAGCUGGGCGUGCUGCGCUCUAAAGAGAAAGUGAUUGACAUCGAAGUGAAUGGAGAGCCUGUAGAAUUGCAAAUGAAACUCGGGGACAACGGCGAAGCUUUCUUCGUUCAGGAAGCCGAGCAGCUGAACCUUGUCCCAGCCCAUCUGGCGACAUCCCCCAUACCGACAGAGAGCAACCUUUUCUGGAUAUCAGAGGUGGAGCGCAGGUCGGCCAGCCUGGAAGAUCGGCCGGAGACUCCCCUUCCCACCAGUGUGGCCACGAAAAAGAAGAAGAAACGGAGGAAGAAGCACAAAGGGGACCCCCGAAGGGAAGAACUGACUCCCCCCAUGCCAGUCACCGCUGCUAAUGUUAACGCUGCCAACGCACAUGCUGCUGCCGCGAGCCCUGCUGCCUCAACUUUGGGCCAAAACGAGGAGAUAUUUGAGAUGGAACUGAGCUCUGAUGAGGAGGCUCUGGUGCAACAUAUAUCCAGAUCACCUUCAGGAGUCACAGGACGAGACAUUGAUCCAAAACUACCUUCAGCCAGACACAACCUGGAUGGUUAUGCUUUGUCUGAUGGCGACUGGGCAGCAGAUAAUAGCCACAGCUUAUCUCAGGCAUUUUCGCCCAAGAGUGACUCAGAACUGGUGGUGAGACCCUCAGAGUCUUUGCUCAGAGCCGAGUCGCACAUGCAGUGGACCUGGGGAGAGUUUCCAGAAACCACCAGGGUCACAAAGAAGGACAAAGCAGAAUUAAUUAAAACGAUGACCAUCACCCCUUCAGAGAGCACCCACUUCCGUGUCAUCCUCAGCUCAGAGGCCAUGGAAAACGAGUGUGAGCUUAGCGGAAAAGAGGACACGUCCCCCUCUGUGUGCGCCAUCGUCAAGCCAGAGCCCCGCUCCCCUACCACUACCGCCAUGUGUGAGGGUCUCGUCACUCUCACAGAGCCUGUGGACGUCCUGCCAUACAAUGUGGUCACCUCCACUCCGUCCAGCCAGCAGAGUGACUCGCCCUCUAAAAAGAAAGGUGUCCCUAAGAGGAGCCACCAUCAGGGCCCUGAGGACAUCUACUUAGAUGACCUGAAGGCACUUGAGCCCGACGUAGCUGCGAGAUACUUUCCCAAAAGUGAGGCCGAGGCGGCCGGUAAGCACUGGAUGGACACAGAGAUCCCGUCCGGUUCUCAGUCGCCGCAGUCGGUGGGAAGCGCUGCGGCAGACAGUGGGACUGAGUGUCUCUCGGACUCCGCCAGCGACCUCCCGGACGUAACUCUGUCGCUGUGUGGAGGCCUCACAGAGAACGCGGAAAUCUCCAAAGAAAAGUUUAUGGAGCAUAUCAUUACCUACAAUGAAUUUGCUGAAAAUCCUGCAAUUAUAGAUAACCCCAACCUUGUUGUAAAGAUAGGAAAUAGAUAUUAUAACUGGACUCUCGCUGCUCCCUUGAUUCUGAGUCUACAAGCAUUCCAGAAGAAUUUACCAAAGGCUGCUGAGGAGGCCUGGAUGAAAGAGAAAAUGCCAAAGAAGUCAGGCCGCUGGUGGUUCUGGCGAAAAAGGGCAGACAGUGCAAUCAAGCAGUCUGAGACUAAGCUUGAAACCAAGGAGGAGUUGCAUUCAGGGGAGGAAGGAUCCUCCAUUGCACAGGAGAAUCUCACCUUAUUGAUUAAGACCACCGACUCUUCCAGCGAUGAGGAGGGCAAAGAGGUGAGUGCUGCGUCGUGUCAGGAGAGACUGCAGCUGAGUGAUGGCCAGCAGCACGCCAGCACGCACACUUACAGGAAGUCACUGCGCCUCUCUUCUGCUCAGAUAGCUAGUCUGAAACUGAAGGAAGGUCCCAACGAUGUGACAUUCAGCAUUACCACCCAGUACCAAGGCACAUGCCGCUGCGAGGGCACCAUCUACUUGUGGAACUGGGAUGACAAAGUCAUCAUCUCUGACAUUGACGGCACCAUCACCAAGUCUGAUGUGUUUGGACAGAUCUUGCCGCAGUUAGGGAAAGACUGGACGCACCAGGGAAUUGCCAAGCUCUACCACUCAGUAGCCGAGAACGGCUAUAAGUUCCUGUACUGCUCAGCGCGCGCCAUUGGCAUGGCGGACAUGACCAGGGGCUACCUGCAGUGGGUCAACGACGGCGGCACCAUCCUUCCGCGGGGUCCUCUCAUGUUGUCUCCCAGCAGCCUAUUCUCCGCCUUCCACAGGGAGGUCAUCGAGAAGAAACCGGAGAUCUUCAAGAUCGAAUGCCUCACUGACAUCAAGAACCUGUUCCAGCACAACAAGCAGCCCUUCUAUGCUGCCUUCGGGAAUAGAGCUAACGAUGUGUUUGCUUACAAGGAGGUGGGAGUUCCUGUCUGCAGGAUUUUCACAGUCAACCCAAAGGGAGAGCUGAUCCAGGAGCAGACCAAGGGCAACAAGUCCUCUUACAGCAGGCUGAGCGAGCUGGUGGAGCAUGUGUUCCCGCUCCUAAGCAAGGAGCAGAACGAGGCCUUCCUCAUGCCCGAGUACAGCUCUUUCUGCUUCUGGAGGCAGCCCAUACCAGCCAUCAACGCCGAUGACCUACUCUGAUCCCUGCAGGCCACAUCAGGACUUAACUGUAAACGUGAAAGAGAAAGAGGCACCUGUGGUUUGCUGUGCAUGCCGAGAGUAAUAGUUAGCUAAAUAACGCGAGGGGAAAAAUAGGCGUUUGCUUGUUUUUCCCCCGUGCCUUCAAGCACUUGUGGACUUGCUGCGGUCAUCAAGCAAGCGUGUUCUUAACGGCUGCUGCGCUCAAUCUGUACCUGACGAGUCACAAUAGCUAUUCCAUCUCCAUCAUGCCAGUCUCUCCCAACUACUCACUCAAAAGUUCCAUUUUUGGCACGCACAUUCUUAUUAUUGUUAGUGUGAAAAGGAAAUCUCUUAUGUACAAUAAAUAAGAUAAUAAACGUUACAUUUAUAUUUCUGAGGCUGUAAUAGAACCAUGCACCGUCUAAUCAAAGUCAAUGAGUCGUUGAAACGGGACGUUGGUUAUUAUUUAUGUUUAAGUUAUUGUUGGUCGUCAUGAUGCCUUUUUUUUGCUUUGUUUGAACAAUUGUUGUAAGUCGCUGGACAACUUGCACUAAAUGCUAACAAUAAGCCUUUUGUCCUGUUGUUUCCAAGUAAUGUCACAUUUCAAUAGUGCUACUUAAUAAGUUCAUUCCUCAGCAGUUAACUUUUCACAUUUGUAUAUAUAAACAC